GCCGAUAGGUCGUCCCUGGCAACAAGGUAAACAUCAUGGCGGCCAGGAAAAAGAUUUCCCUUCUGUGGUGUAAUGCUGACUAAUCACACAGACGCCACACAUGAACAAUUUUAUCUGAGUCGACUUCUGGGAUUUUUAUACGUCCGGAUUUCACCAUAUUCGAGCCUCGCUUAGAUCGUGAGCUUAUUGUGGAAAUACCCGACUAGGGUAGUCAGCAGGCCAAGCCAAUCAGAUAGCGCAUACGUAUUUAUCUGUAUGUUAGGACGUACAAUCGAUCAUGCAUAUUAUGUCUCAGCAUGUUUAGUACCCGGCGUGCUUGCAAGGUUUAGCGCUUGUGUUACUGUUGUUUUCCACACUGGUGGGAGGACUCUCAGGAAUAUUCCACAUUACAUGCAGCAUUCGGAGCUUGUGGUGUCUAUAUAGAUGUUGGUAAACACGCCUUGGUCAUAUGAAGAAUAACGCUACAGCAGGAGAAGCUCAGCACAGCGUAACUAUGAGCAAUGGCCGGGAUGACACGCACAACGGGUACCUGAAUGAGGAUUAUAACCACAACGUCACGACACCGGUUCAAGUUCGACCGAGGCACCUGGAAAAUGGACGAAAACGGAAACUGGUUCUUCAUUUUGAUGUGCGGAACACUGUUCUUGUCGCAGACUCCGUGACCAAGGUCCACAUGGAGCAAGCUCUCAACAGCUUCCUGUCCGGUGUUGUGUGGGGCAAUGAGCAAGAGGAUGGUUCCUGGAGGUGGCAGUGUGACGAGCCCUCGUUGGUACCACCGCAAGAUGGCGUCAUAACGUACUAUAGGCAUCUGGAGAAACUCACUGUGAAAUGCCCAAGUGACCGAGAACGGCUAAGAUUCCAAACUGGAGAUUUUACGGAUACGGAUAUCGGGUAUAAGUUCCUUCCGCAUUUCAAGAAACAUUUGGAAUUGCUAAAAUGGAAUUACUCAAAAGACGAAACCUGUGAUCGGCGUUUAACGAUGAAGGGAGUUGACGGUAAGCCCUAUCAUUACAUUCUGCCAUCGGUAUACAAGCUCAUACAUCAGUUGAAAGAGGACAGGAGAGAUUUUGCCAUUGUUAUUAGGACUUACGGUUUGGAUUGUAAAAAUGUUUUAUCAAGUUUAUCAUUCGGACUAAAAGGCAAUCACCCUGGCUUUCCCAAAGACGCGCACCUGCCCGUUAGCACUUUCCCUGGGUGCAUCCGGCGAACGGAAUCAGGGGAGAUCACUCUGGAGACUUGGCAAACAGGUGUCGGGGACGUUGCAGAGAAACUUCAACACGAGAGGGAUAUAUACCGUCAUUUGUCCAACUCUAGUGGCAUUACAGGGUACAAAGAUGAUUUUCAAAUCUGGCAGAAUAACAAUUAUCAUCAUUCUGUGGCAAAACCUCUUUGGAUAGAUCCGAGUGACACUCACGUGCACCAUAUCAUUUUUGACGACAAUUUCCGUGCCUACGAAGAAGACAGCAUUGUAGAUGCCCGGAUGUUUGAUACGGAUGACAAGACGAAAGCUCGCAGUUUGACAAGAAAAGAACUGGAAAGGUUUGAAGAUGUAUGUUUAGUUCAAGCAAAUCUCUUGGAGAGCAUCGAGAACGAGAACUAUUUCAUUGAGAAGGUCAACAAGUGCGAGUCAGGAUACUCGAAAUUCCUCAAACUUGGUGCGCUGUGAUGACGUAAGCGGGACCGCAUUCCCUAUCAUCCAAUGCGCAUAUCCGUCCUAUUAGGAUAUAUACCGUGGACCAAUUCGCUUCCAUUGUUUCCUUUUUAGACCGAUUUAAAUGGUACGAUGCUAAAACACAGCUGCACUUAGAAAUUACUCUCACAAGCGAGACACUUUCCAAGGGCCAAGGGUAUAUAUCACAAUAGCAUGGAGAUAUGACACCCUGGAUAAUCGAGGAUGGCAUGAAGACGUGGUAUUGUGGAGUAUUUAAGAAUGAUAUUUCACUACUCAUUACCAAGAACUCUGCGGUACUGGAUAAUAUUGUCAAUAUGUGAUAAGCUGUAGCAGCUAAGGUGUACAGACUAACAACGACUCACUUAGUUGCUGCUGUGCCAAAACCCGGUCAGACUUCAAGGUAAUAAUGUCCUUUUCUACAUUCCUGGACUAGAGCCAUUCAUCGAAAAAUUAUCCGUUUAAAAUUUCUUUUCACUUUAUGAUAGCCAUUUAGUUUGUUAAAUAUUUGAUAAUGGGUAUCUUUGUCUGUUCAGAAGUAAUAUGUGUCGCAAUCUAAGCUCAAUUUAAUGUUACAGACAAACCCGGAAUUUUCAAUUUAACACAUGCAAAACUGUUUGUGGUUAAUUUGUUUUCUUCUAUCAGCCGUAUACUUUAAAAGGGAUUCCAUUACCCUCGCAACUGACCCCGGAAUAUUUUAUAGAAAUAUCCAGUAAGGACUGUUGGGGUUUGUUUGGUUUGGUAGCACUUCAAGUAGGUUUAGUGCAAUGCAAUGUGAUAUUAAUGUUAUAUACGAUAUCUUGAAUAGUUAGGGAUCGACCAUUUGAUAUUCGGGUGGGUGGGGGAUGGGAAAGUGGGGGAAGAUUCAUCGAAAAAGUAUCUCAGAAGAUGCUAGACAAAAUUAAUCAUGCUUCAGACUGUUACAACUUGACAAAAAAUUACAUUGUUGCAAGGUGUUUGUAAUGUAGGGUUAUUCUUAAAAAAGUUUCUGGUUUUGCAUGUGUAGCUGAAAAUAUAUCUAGUCUCCAUAUGAAAUGCCAACGAUCCACAUCAUCCACCCCCACGACACCUGCCCCACCCACCAACACACCCACGAAUAUCAAAUGGUCGGUUUCCUUACGUGUGUACAUGUAUAUCCCAAAUAUACGCAUACUGCUGUUGACAAUCGCUAGUGUGCAACUGGUACAGGCAUUAUUGUUAAUUAAACGUAGCAUAGAAAAUAACUCACUGAAGUAUUCCUUAGAGAUUUAUCUUUCUAUUGUUUUCGUUAUACCAAAUGUAAACAUAUAUUUGGUAUGAGCAAAUAUACACAUAUUGAUGAUAUCGUUAUGUUUUGAAAUUAUAUUUUAUCAGUUCAUCGGUAUGUAUGUAUAACGUUAUUUACAUGUCCUUAGUGUGGACAUGAAAACCUGAUUGAUUAUUUGGGCAUAAUAUUUAUAUUAUGUGCUGACAUCAGUAUCGUGUUACUUACAAAACUGCUCAAAUAAGUAUUUGUUAUCAUAUUGAUUAUGUAUGGAAAAUGUAGCACCAGAGUAUACAGUGAGUGAGUGAGUUGGGUUUAACGCCGCUUUUAACAGUAUUCCAGUUACAUCGCGGCGUGUCAGCUUAAUGUGGGAGGAAAGCCCGAAGUGAUGCAGGUCUCCGACGUUUACCACUUCGGUGAAACCCACGAGCACGGGUAUGGUGCUGACAAACCUAGAAACAUAAUCGGGGCGAAUCGGGUUUCGAACCCACAAUCAUAGGUUUCUGGCGUGCCCAAGGGCCGCAACUCUGCACAGCGAAUCGCGGCGCCUUAGACGACUGGGCCACCCGUGCCCCCACCAGAGUAUACAAGAAUGUCUUGUGUUUACAAGUGUAUUGACAUACUGGGAUGUACCAGACAAUAUGCGAUAUGUCUUUCCUGGCGGAAAUGGUGUCGAAAGAUGGAAGCUGACAAAAAUUGAAAAACUCUAAAUACAACAUAUUGAAACAGG